AGACAGAUGAGGAGAUGUUCAGACUAUUAAUACCUCUGAUUACAUUCAUCUUAUUUUGUCUCAUCAACCCUGGUAUCCCUCCCCCUCCUACCAAACCUUCUCCUGACAAACCCUCCAUGGCUUACCCAAUAACUGUUCCCAAUAUCGUCAACUUAGAUGAAAUGAAACAGAUUGUUACAGGUAAAAGAUACACCUGCCAAGAAGCUCGCACAGAUGUAUUGCGUAACAAAUAUUAUGAAAACUCCUUUCAUUCACUCAAUGUUAUCAAUAUUAUUCAUAAUGGCAAAUAAAACGAAAGGUGUGUGUCAAAUUCCAGUUAGCGCUGUGGAUCUUGUGCUUAAAAAACAAAUUGCUCCUUCAUGGGUAGCAUCAAUCUCUGAAAUACCCUGGUUCUGCAAGAUCAAUGACAACCAAUACUGCGACACGAUUUCUGAUUGCCUGACAGACGAAUGUGGCUGUACUAACAGCAGUAUAGAUGUCUUCUUCUGUCCAAAACGCACUGGAUGUGUCACCUUUCCACAGUUGUGUGAUGGUAAGAAUGAUUGUCUUGAUGGCGCUGAUGAGUGUUUAUGUGAGGGUUUCGUGGAAAUACAAUGUCCUAUCCUAAACUCCUCUAGUAUUUGCUUGUCACAAAGAGAAUAUUGUGAAAAAAAAGACGCAAUUUCACAGUUAAAUUAUUCAUGCACCUUUCGUAAUAUUGAGUAUGUUGACUGCUCUGCAAUUUUGGAUAAUGAAAACCCUAUCAACCAAUGCCUCAACUAUACUAUCAUACACGCGCUCAUUGAUAAUAACCAUGGAAAUAUUACUAGCUUAUACUGUAAAACAAAUUGCUCUGACACUCCUGACUUUGCUGAUGGCAAAUGGGAUAAGUUUUGCGAAAGAAUUGUGUUAGUAUAUAUGGGUAUGUUUGCACAGGCUCAUUUCAGUUGUGCCCCCGAAAGCUAUGAAACCUGCCCCUUAUCUAAACUGUGUGACGGAGAAUUAGAUUGUUCUAACAGUGCGGAUGAGGCAGAAUGUCCAGGUCGUUUCUAUUGCUCCCUCAAUACCUCUGAGAGUACAGAGUGGGUGACUCCUGAUAAAACUUGUGAUAAUAUCAAACACUGCUCCAACGGACGUGACGAAUGUGACCCCUGUAACUCAGACGGUUCAGCCAACCUACUCCUCAGUUCUUACUUUCUGCUUGCUUUCACAGCUUUUGCAGGAGUCUCAUCGAUAGCACUGAACUUGAGAGGGGUGAUCAGAUGCUACAACAACACCCCCUCCACAUCAGCCGGCAAAGUUGACAGAUUGUUGUGUCUCCAGGUUCUUUUCUUUGAUGGUAGUAUGGGUCUGUAUAACUGUGGUGUUGUGGUUGCAGCUCUGGUUCUUCGUGCAAAUGGUGACUACUGUCUUCAAGAUGAAAGUUGGAGAUCAAGCACCUUCUGCCUGGUACUUGGACUGACAUUCUCAAUAGCUUCACAUGGGUCCCUCAGUGCAAUAGCCCUUAUGAGUGUAGUCAGGUGUAUUAAUUGUGUCAGAGUAUAUCAUCAAACCAAACUUAAAACAAUAUUCAUAACAUCUGCAAUACUUAUUGCCAUAAAUGUGAUCAACGCAUUGAUUCCCAUCCUUCCUUUGGUUGCCAUACAAAACAUCUUCCGCACAGACGUGUUCUUUAAAAACUUUCUAGAUAAUCCUUUCAUUAGCUCUAGCUAUGUAAACAUGACUUGGUUAAACCACCUACAUGAGACAUAUUACUCUAACAAAACUGAUCUGUACACAACAGUCAGAGACCUCAACAUCAUUACCAGUAAAGACAACAUAUUCGAUGUCAUAGAUAUAGGGUAUUAUGGAAACACCCGUCUGUGUGUUCACAACGUCUUUAAAGAACAACUAUCCUACCUCAUCUAUAAACUCUCCUACCUUAUCACAGUGUCCCUACUUCUGGUCAUAGUUACUCUCACUUACCUCAUCAUAGUAAGACAGCAGUUAGAAUCUCGACGUGAGGUGGGAGACAUUGGAGGUGGGAUGAACAGACAAAACGCUGCAGCCCCCUCACUAGCUCUGAAGAUUUCCCUGAUGAUAGGAACACAACUAGCAAGUUGGUUAUCUUUUAUCGGGGCUGCUGUGUACUUCCAACUAGUUAGUGAUAGUCCCCCUCCCGUACUGUUUGAAGUGCUAGCUCUGGUGGUUCUACCCAUCAACAGCAUUCUGAACCCUAUUUUCUACAGUGAACUUUACAAGAAUAUAAACUCUUGUUUCUGGAGAAGCUGGAGAGGAUUUGUUUCAAGAUUGCGCAGUUGAUCUUUAUCAAACAAGACCACAAACAUCCCGACAAACAUAACAUGCACAAAAGUAAAGUUUGUGGAACAUGCGUCAAGCUGUCAAGACAGCAUGAACUUUUAAACAGGAACGUUUAAACAGGGUAAUCAAGGAAGUUCGUUAUAUAUUUAGUAAAAAACUAACACUCGAUGAAAUGACAAUGUUGAACAUAUCAGCUGCACCAUUCCUAAUUCCCUCCAUGCUAUUCGUUUAACUUCCAUGUCCCAGAGAGAAGCGAGCCAUAAAAUAGCAAGCUCGGUAAUGUCGGAUAAUUUAAUUGUAAAUAUUAUCGUUCGAAUGUUCGAUCCUAACUGAUGAUGUCUCAACCAAUGACACUUUGAUAAAUUAUUUAUCUUUUAUCUCGUGUUUGCGACACGUUGUAUGAUAUUACAUAGUUAUUUAGUAGCUGAAUAGUUUUAAUGCGCUGACAGUUCGAAUAAAUUCUAUAAUUUCACCCUCUUAUAUUUGAUCUUCGGAACUGCUAAGAUUUGAAUUUAAAUUUGUAGUCUAGUCGCAUAUAACACGAUAGUACGCAUUGAAUAAGCACAGUUUCAGACUUCAGAGUAUGAAUACUUUGUAUGUAGUAACUUAAUAUCCUCUUUAACCUGUUUC